CGAAGAAAGCAUCAGUUAAUCUUAUUCACUCGCCGUUCGCACCUGAACUAUCACAGACCACGAUGAAUUCGCUGGUGGUGUUGUUUUCCGUGGUGGCGUUGGCCGUUGCCCAUCCAUCGGGACUCCUGGACGCCGGAGUAAUUUCAUAUGCUGCGCCGGCAGUCGCUACUUUCCCUGCUGCAGUCUCACAACAGUCCCGCAUCGAUAUCAAGUCAUCCCCAGCUGUGGUAGCGACAGCCGCUGUAGCGCCUGUUGCCCGCACCUUCAUCGCUGAACCUGCACUUGUCGCCGCCCCAGCAGCGUAUGCCGCUCCCGUCGCCGUGUCAUCCCAGUCCCGCUUGGACAUCAAGUCAUCCCCGGCUGUUGUGACCACCGCCGCCGUAGCGCCCGUCGCCCGCACCGUCAUUGCUGAGCCUGCAGCUUACGCCGUGGCACCAGCAGCUUACGCCGCUCCUGCUGCCAUCUCCUCUCAGUCUCGCAUCGAUGUGAAGUCUUCUCCCGCCGUCGUCAGCACCGUGGCCGCUGCUGCACCCCUCGCCUACGCUGCACUACUAGCCGCAGCUGCUAUUGCACCUGUGUUCAAGAGCGCAGCCAUCGCCACACCUUUCGUCGCACCUGCUUAUUUGAAGACCGCCGCUAUUGCAGCUCCCACUGUGCCACUCGAUACACCUGAAGUGAUCGCUGCUCGUGCCGCCCAUUUUGAAGCUAAGGCUCUUGCUGGAGCACACUUGAUCAAAAAACGCUCUGCACCUUUAAUUGGCACUCCCAUUGUGUCCACCUACAGUGCGGCUCCGAUUGUAUCAUCACUGGCUGCUGCCCCAGUCAUCUCCACGUACUCCGCACCGGUGGCUUUCUCAGCACCUCUUAUCACAAAAGCCUACAGCGUACACCCCUGUAUAAAUACACACAGAUAUCAACAUCAAACAUCAGUUGUUCUUAUUCGCUCGUCAUUUGUACCUGAAGUAUCGCAGAUCACGAUGAACUCGUUGGUAGUGUUGUUAUCCGCAGUAGCGUUGGCCGCUGCCAAACCGGGACUUCUGGGUGCCGGAGUGGUAUCAUACGCUGCUCCAGCCGUCGCUACUUUACCCGUUGCCGUCUCACAGCAAUCUCGGAUUGACAUCAACUCUCCCCCAGUUGCCGUCAGGACUGUAGCUGCAGCUGCACCUCUGGCAAUAGGAGCAGCACCGCUAGCCACACCUCUCAUCAGGAGCUCAGCCAUCGCUACACCGAUCGUCGCACCCGGCAUCUUGGGAACCUCAGCCCUCGCAUCUCCCGCCCUGGUGGCCCCAGCUCUCGCUUCACCUGGAAUUGCUCUCGGCGCCCCUCUUCCAGCUACCGCACUGACCAGCGCACACCUGAUUCGUAAACGUUCCGCACCAUUGCUUACCACACCUGUUCUAUCUGCCGCUCCCGUCGUAUCUACCUACAGUGCCGCUCCAGUUAUUUCCUCAUUACCAGCUGCUUCCAUUGUCUCAACACCUAUUGGUCUCUCGUCGCCACUAGCACUCUCUUCCCCUCUUAUUACCAGAGCGUGUAUAAAUACAUUAAGGUAUCAACAGCAGACAUCAGUCGUUCUUAGUCGCUCGUCGUUCGUUUCUAAACUAUCACAAAUCACGAUGAACUCGUUGGUGGUGUUGUUAUCCGCAGUAGCAUUGGCCGCUGCCAAACCUUCGGGACUUCUGGGUGCCGGAGUGGUAUCCUAUGCUGCACCAGCCGUCGCCACUGUCGGCACUGUGGCCGCCGCUGCACCUCUAACAAUAGGAGCCACACCGCUAGCCACACCUAUCAUCAGAAGCUCAGCCAUCGCUACACCGAUUGUCGCACCCGGUGUUCUGGGAACCUCUGCCAUCGCAUCUCCCGCCCUGGUGGCCCCAGCUCUCUCUUCACCUGGAAUUGCUCUCGGCGCCCCUGAAGUGAUCGCGGCUCGUGCUCUUCCCCUACCAGCCACCGCAGUGACCAGCGCACACCUGAUUCGUAAACGUUCCGCGCCCCUACUUCCAGCCCCCGUUCUCUCUGCCGCUCCCGUCAUAUCCACUUACAGUGCCGCUCCAGUUCUUAACACAUUACCAGCUACUUCCAUUGUAUCAACACCCGUUGGUAUCUCGUCGCCACUAGCACUCUCUUCUCCUCUUAUUACUAGAGGCUGGUAGAUUAUAAUGCUAUGA